AUGAACGUUUUGGUGCUGUUUUUAAUUACCGUACAAAUUUUCUGUACGGCUGCAGACGACAAAUGUGAGGAAGUGCAAAUGCAGUUGGACAACAAUUGUCCAAAUUACGAAGCGACAAAUGAAACUGCAACAGUUUUAUCUAGAAAGAAGCGUUUUCUGUUGUUUCCCGUUAGUGCCAGUGUUUUGGUAACGGCUUCAAUGCUGAAAUCUUUGCUGUUCAAGGGUCCUGGUGGUAAUGUCGCACUAUUAGAACUAGAUUUGUAUCACCCACUGCCAGACUACCGAUAUAGGUUUUCUACUCUUCGAUUGGGCGAGAUAGCUAUGCUUCCGGAUAUGACCUCAACGCCAGCUCCAAACAUGACUAAACCUCCGCCGCCACCCACGACAACUUCUGCUCCAGCACCUCCAAUGAUGCCAGAAAUGCAUCAUAGUGGACAGGAGCUAACACCUAUGGAACUGGAACAAUAUCUAAAGGCACAUCCGGAUGCGUACGUUCCACCGGGAUAUUCCAAAGAUCGUUCCGAUUGGAUCCGACCAGCUCAACAGUACAGCUCAAAUAUGUACUAUCAACCAAAUCGGUACGAUUACUACCGUCAACCUGUUCGACAAAUGUACGAUGCACAACCAAUCCGGAGUAAGCUGUGGCACUUGGAUCCUGCGGAUUACUUCGGGCAAAAUUAUCGCAUAAAACGGUCGACCAACGGUAUGCACGAAAUAGAUUAUGAGCUGCAUAAAGACAAAGAUCGAUUCAACAUAAGUCAUCAUCGUGAUUGGGAGCUCUACUAUCAUUACAGGGAACGAAGGGAGCUAUAUCAUACCUUGACCAGUGAAUUUGAGGAGAAGUUUCAUUUCCCUAUGAGAUCUUGUCUCAUGCGUGCGAUAUGCGAAGGACGGAAAUUUCUCGGCCCAUCUGGCAAAUCGAUGAUCAAGGACAUUAUAAGAAUAUUGCUAACCAUUCCAUUGAAAGAUGAUCUGGAAGAUGACUACAGCGGAGCGAUGCGUAACGAGAGUCUCGAUUGUCAUGGCCUGUACGGCAAGGAAUGCCCCAUUAGCAUACUUUAUUUGUUGCUUUUCGGCAAAUUUGUACCCUAA